GGGUACAUAAGUCCUUAAGAAACAGGGAAGGGAUAAAACGUUCUGAUUUUUAUGAUAUCGUCUACGCUUUUGGGACUCUUUACAACAGCGCCAUAGUUGAUUAUCGAGAACAAAAAUGGCUACUUCCGUCGCUUCUUCCUUCCAAAUCAGAUUCGGUGCCAGAAGCAAAAUAUCCCGUGACCUCUGGCAGUCAAGCCCAAAUGCUAAUGGAUGGAAGUGUUUAAACUUGUCUGAGAGUUAUAAGUUGGGCAGGUCCAUACACAGAUCGUUAAGGGGUUCGUUGGUGGUUUCCCCGAUGGCUAUAGGAGCAAAUACGAGUCAAGAUACAGACGACAUGUACGAUGACAUGUUUAAGAAAUACGGGAAGGUUGUUUACAAAAGGAAUGAUCAAAAGUCUCCUACUGCAGAGGUUGAUGACGAUGCUGAGUGUUUGGCUUUUGCUGUGGCAUUAGCAAAGAUCGCAAGUGAUGUGAAGGCUGCAGAUAUCAAACUCCUCUUUGUGAAACCUCUGGUCUAUUGGACCAAAUUCUUCCUCAUUACCACUGCAUUUUCUCGACCUCAAAUUGACGCCAUCCGAACCAGAAUAAAUGAUCUAGCUGAAACACAGUACGGGAAAUUUUCAACCGGAGAUUCCAAACCCAAUUCAUGGACCUUAUUAGACUUUGGUGAUAUAGUCGUGCACAUAUUUCUUCCAGAACAGAGAGAACUUUACAACUUGGAAGAGUUUUACGCAAAUGCGACUCCCAUAGAAUUACCAUUUGAAAACCAACAAAGUUUUAACCGUUGAAAAGAUGGUCUUUUCGACCACUCCAUCCCACAAUAACUACUUAUUUGGCCUUUCGUGAAGGAGCCCGUGCACGGGCAAAUUGAACUCUGGUGUCGAGACACCAAUGAAGAUGUAGAUUAGAGGGUUGUCGGGCUUGUAUUUUAGUACUGGUUGUGUAUUCGUAUGUGAUGUAGCAGGUUGUAAGAUUUUAUUUAUUGUAAACCAUUAUUGCAAUUUCUCAAUAGAAAAGAAAACCAAAAAUUUAUAUUUGAACAAAA